CACACUAGGAACGUAUGGUUUGGACUGCAGCUACACCUGUCACUGUGGUAGUAACUGCAAUGACGUCACAGGCUGUUCCGGCAGAUGUCAAAGAGGAUGGUCUGGACCCAAAUGCAACAAGGAAAACAUAGCUCUGGACAAAACAACGAGCCAGAAUUCUUACUGGCGAAUUUCGAUAAACUCGUCACGUGCUGUAGAUGGUAGUCUCAAAACACGUUUUGAUGACAAUUCGUGUAUUCACACAGCAACUGGACAUUCGUUCACCUGGUGGCAGGUAGACCUGGUCAGAGAAUUCUACAUACACAAGUUAGCCAUUCAUUUAAGGACAGACUUUAAAAAUCGCAGAAAAGGCAUUACGGUGUACAGCUCGGUUGCCGACAGACGAACAAACACUGGUCACCUGUGUGGUUCAACAAAAUCAACCAGUCCAGAUGUGACGUGGAUGACAUGUGACAGAACAGCUAGAUACAUCACACUGUACCGAAAUGAUUCCAGCAACGAAGACACGGCGAUGAACUUCUGUGAAGUCCAAAUAUUUGUCUGUGAUGCUGGCACAUUUGGUGAUGACUGUCGCCAGUUCUGUCACUGUCUGAAUGGACCGUGUAACUAUGUAACUGGAGAAUGCACUGGAGGAUGUAAACCGAACUGGACUGGGACAACAUGCAGUGAAUGUGAUUCUAAACAUUAUGGUCCCCUAUGUGGAAAGCCUUGUUACGGAAGACACUGUGAUGAAUCACGUGGUAAAUCAUCAUGUGAUAGGAAAAGUGGACUUUGUGUCGAUGGAUGUUCAGCAGGAUGGAAGGGACCAGACUGUACACAGGAGUGUGAUUAUGGUCGCUAUGGUCUUUCGUGUGGAAAAUCUUGCAACAGCAGACACUGUGAUGAAUCUCAUGGCAAAUCAUCAUGUGAUAAACAAACUGGACGAUGUGAUAACGGGUGUGCAGCAGGAUGGAAGGAACCAGACUGUACAAAAGAGUGUGAUUCUGAUCACUAUGGUCCUCUGUGUGCAAAAUCUUGCUUCAAACGACAUUGUGAUGAAUCACGUGGUAAGUCGUCAUGUAACAAAGUGACUGGACGAUGUGAUAACGGGUGUACAGCAGGAUGGAAGAAACCAGACUGUACAAAGGAAUGUGCAAACUUUACAUAUGGUUUGCAGUGUGCAAACAUUUGCAGUAAGCGAAAAUGUUUUGGAACCUCGUCUUGUGAUCACGUAACUGGGAAAAGUGAUAAUGGCUGUGAUCGAGGAUAUCAGAGUGAAGAUUGUACAGCGAUGUGUCCGUCUGGAAAAUACAGUUACAACUGCAAUAUGUCUUGUGAGGAGAGGGAAUGUGCUGGCAACUCGACUUGCGACAGAUAUAAUGGAACAUGUGAAAGUGGCUGCUUGAAAGGCUGGGAGUUACCAGAUUGUAUCACUAGCAUUGCACAAACUGCUGCACCUAAUGAACAUUCAGGACCAAUUAUCGGUGGUGUCUUCGGUACCGCUGUGGUUGUCGUUGUCGUGGCCGUCAUCAUCUUUGUAUUUCUGAGGAGAAGGAAACAGGCAAAAGACGAUACCACAGCUGGUGAACCAAUCGUACCAGAAAAUAAACCAUCGACAAAAGAAAGAACACACCAUGCACCUGACGUCUCUACCUACGUUAAUGUCGAACUAUCCUCAACAAAUUCUGCCAAAAGGUUUGAGGUAAAUGAAACUUUCGCCAGUGAUGAAAUAACAGCCGUAAACACUGGUGAAGUAAGAUUAGUGGUUGAUCAAGAGGAGUCAGAAGUACAACAGCCUGACGAAGAUGAGGAGGACAUCCAGGAUCCUAACACGUACUACAAUGAUGUCCAACCAGCAGCUCCUUCCUUCAUUCUACCAGAAGAAGGUUUUGACGUCACAGAACUUCGAGGUAUCAUAGAAAGCAUCAGAGAACAACCUGGAGGAUUUCAUGCAGAAUAUCUUAAACUUCCAAGUGGGUUCAGUCAUCCAUACAAUGAUUCCCAGAUACCAGAAAACAGGUGCAAGAACAGAUACGCUGGUUACUACCCAUAUGACAACAAUCGUGUGAAACUAUCAGCGCUGCCAAACACUCCGCAUUCUGACUACAUCAACGCGAGUUACGUGGAUGCAUAUGAGAAGCCAAAUUAUUUCAUCGCAGCUCAAGCUCCAAAUAGCGUGACUUUACCAGAUUUCUGGAGAAUGAUCUGGGAGCAGGACUGUGUACAAAUAAUCAUGUUGACAAACCUAGUGGAGGCUGGGAAGCAUAAGUGUGUGCCUUAUUGGAGGGAUUCGGGGUCGAUGGAAGUUGGAUAUGUUGAGGUGGUGGUGAAGGACGUCACUGAACGAGCAGACUACAUCAUCAGAAAGAUACAGAUCACACAAACGAAGUCUAAGAAGUGCAAGACGUUUGACCAUUACCACUUCACGUCAUGGCCUGACCACGGAGUACCUAAAGUGCUGGAUUUAGUGGAAUUUUUCUGGCUGACAAGAGACACUCCCCCGUCCCGCCCUGGCCCUGUCCUGGUGCACUGCAGGUAA